AAAUGGGGGAGCGAGAGAAAAGCCUAAAAAAAAGUCUUAGAAUUUAAACGCACCCAAUAAGGUUUAGUACCAGAACUAGUACCUUUGUUUUAGUAAGUGCAGUACAUGUUAGUACCGAUAACGACGGAAUAUUUCUCUACUCCAUUUACUCCUCCUACUACCUUCCCCAAACGCCUACCUCUCACUCCCGCAACUCUGUCAAUCUCGUUUCUCAUAUCACAAAUGGUGGCGCCAGUAGCAGCAGCAACCACUACCACUGCUAGGCCUUAUUCACCACUACCUUCUUCACUUGUUCCAUCAUGUCAAGGACUUCGUGGAAAUUUGGGUUCAACUCGUACCUUGCAAUGGCCAAGGAAAGAAAGACAGUGUACUAGGAAGGCCAGUUUUAAUAAAGUCACUGCCCAGUUUGAGCUAAAGCCUCCCCCAUAUCCAUUGAAUGCUUUGGAACCGCAUAUGAGCAAGAACACCUUUGAUUUCCACUGGGGGAAGCACCAUAGGGCUUAUGUGGAUAACCUGAAUAAGCAAAUUGUAGGAACAGAACUAGAAGGAAUGUCUUUAGAAGAUGUUAUAGUCACUACCUACAACAAGGGGAAUAUUCUUCCUCCUUUCAACAAUGCAGCGCAGAUUUGGAACCAUGAUUUCUUUUGGGAAUCCAUGAAACCAGGUGGGGGAGGAAAGCCAUCCGGGGAGCUUCUAGAGCUAAUCGAAAGAGAUUUUGGAUCAUUCGAUAAGUUUGUUGGAGAAUUCAAGACAGCUGCAGCUACACAAUUUGGAUCUGGCUGGGCUUGGCUAGCAUACAAAACAAAUACACUUGAUGUCGGAAAUGCAGAAAACCCUAAGCCAACAGAGCAAGAUAAAAAGCUUGUGAUUGUGAAGAGCCCUAAUGCUGUAAACCCACUUGUUUGGGAUUACUAUCCCCUUCUUACCAUUGACGUUUGGGAGCAUGCUUACUACCUUGAUUUUCAGAACCGACGACCAGAUUACAUAUCACUCUUCAUGGAGAAACUUGUGUCAUGGGAUUCCGUCAGUUCUAGACUUGAAGCAGCAAAGGCUCAAGCUGCUGAAAGAGAGUUAGAAAAAGAGAGGAAAAAGGAGGAGAACAAUCCAUCAGACAGUGAAGAUGACGAAUUAUUAGUAGACAGUAUUAGUGAUGACUCAGAAGCUGAAUGAUUUCUUUCUAUUUUGCCGUGACGUGAGAAUAGUAAUCUUAGAAAUUCCUGGUAAAAAAAAUAUUAUAUGUGAAGGUGAUAUAGAGGUCAGUGUGUGUCACUACUCAGGACUCAUGAGAUACUCAUACCAAGAUUUUGUUAUUUCUAUUGUAUUGUGAAUGUCUAUGCUUGAGUAUGUAGUUCUCUGUUGUCAUUUGAAAUAAAUUUGAGAACACUAUUUCAUUCUCUGAACAUGUCAUGUACAAAAUAUUAAUCUUAAUCAUGUAACUGUCUUGAGCUUC